GUUAAACAGUUUCUUACCGUAAGAGGGAGUUCAGACCUAGAUCUUUCCAGUUAAUCACACAACACAUUUAGCUCAUUGCAAUAAAAAGCCGCUCAGAGCCGAGCGGCUCUUUCAGGCGCUGAGUCGGAACGGGAUCCGUCCACCCGGGCAUCUGUCUCCACCAGUGGGACCCGCCAGCGCCCAGCGCCAUGUGGGUGACCAGACUCCUGCCAGUCCUGCUGCUGCAGCAGGUCCUCCUCCACCUCCUGCUGCUUCCCAUCGCCAUCCCCUAUGCAGAAGGACAGAAGAAAAGAAGAAACUCACUUCAUGAAUUCAAGAAGUCAGCAAAGACAACACUAUUUAAAGAAGACCCAUUUCUGAAGAUGAAAACAAAAAAAAUGAACACUACAGACCAAUGUGCUCAUAGAUGUAUUAGGAAUAAAGGACUUCCAUUUACUUGCAAGGCCUUUGUUUUUGAUAAAGCAAGAAAACGAUGCCUCUGGUUCCCUUUCAAUAGCAUGUCAACUGGAGUGAAAAAACAGUUUUGUCAUGAAUGCGACCUCUAUGAAAACAAAGACUAUAUUAGAAACUGCAUCAUUGGUAAAGGAGGUAGCUACAAGGGAACAGUAUCUAUCACUAAGAGUGGCAUCAAAUGCCAGCCCUGGAAUUCCAUGAUACCCCACGAGCACAGCUUUUUGCCUUCGAGCUAUCGGGGUAAAGACCUACAGGAAAACUACUGUCGAAAUCCUCGAGGGGAAGAAGGGGGACCGUGGUGUUUCACAAGCAAUCCAGAGGUACGCUACGAAGUCUGUGACAUUCCUCAGUGUUCAGAAGUAGAAUGCAUGACCUGCAAUGGGGAAAGUUAUCGAGGUCCCAUGGAUCAUACGGAAUCAGGCAAGAUCUGUCAGCGCUGGGAUCAUCAGAAGCCACAUCGGCACAAAUUCGUGCCAGAAAGAUAUCCCGACAAGGGCUUUGAUGAUAAUUAUUGCCGCAAUCCUGAUGGCAAGCCGAGGCCAUGGUGCUAUACUCUUGACCCUGACACCCGUUGGGAGUACUGUGCAAUUAAAAUGUGUGCUCACAGUACUAUGAAUGACACCAGAGUCCCUAUGGAAACAACCGAAUGCAUUCAAGGUCAAGGAGAAGGUUAUCGAGGAACCGUCAAUACCAUUUGGAAUGGGAUUCCAUGUCAGCGAUGGGAUUCCCAGUAUCCUCACCAGCAUGACAUAACUCCUGAAAACUUCAAGUGCAAGGACCUAAGAGAAAAUUACUGCCGAAAUCCAGAUGGGGCUGAGUCACCUUGGUGUUUUACCACUGAUCCAAACAUCCGAGUUGGCUACUGCUCCCAAAUUCCAAAAUGUGACGUGUCAAGAGGACAAGAUUGUUAUCGCGGAAAUGGCAAAAAUUAUAUGGGCAGUUUAUCCAAAACACGAUCUGGACUAACAUGUUCAAUGUGGGAUAAGAACAUGGAAGAUUUACACCGGCAUAUCUUCUGGGAACCAGAUGCUAGCAAGCUAAAUAAGAAUUACUGUCGGAAUCCUGAUGAUGAUGCCCAUGGCCCCUGGUGUUACACAGGAAAUCCUCUCAUUCCUUGGGAUUACUGCCCUAUUUCUCGUUGUGAAGGUGACACCACACCUACAAUAGUCAACUUAGACCAUCCUGUGAUAUCUUGUGCCAAAACAAAACAAUUACGAGUUGUAAAUGGAAUUCCAACACGAACAAAUGUAGGAUGGAUGGUUAGUUUGAAAUACAGAAAUAAACAUAUCUGCGGAGGAUCAUUGAUAAAGGAAAGUUGGAUUCUUACCGCAAGGCAGUGUUUCCCUUCUCGAAACAGAGACUUGAAAGACUAUGAAGUUUGGCUUGGAAUUCACGAUGUCCAUGGGAGAGGAGAUGAGAAGCGCAAACAGGUCCUCAAUGUUUCCCAGGUGGUAUACGGGCCGGAAGGAUCAGAUCUGGUAUUACUAAAGCUUGCUAGACCUGCUGUCCUGGAUAAUUUUGUUAGUACAAUUGAUUUACCUAAUUAUGGAUGCAUAAUUCCUGAAAAAACCACUUGCAGUGUUUACGGCUGGGGCUACACUGGAUCGAUCAACUUUGAUGGUCUAUUACGAGUAGCACAUCUCUUUAUUAUGGGGAAUGAGAAGUGCAGCCAGUACCAUCAAGGGAAGGUGACUCUGAAUGAAUCUGAAAUAUGUGCUGGAGCUGAAAAUAUUGCCGCGGGACCAUGCGAGGGGGAUUAUGGUGGCCCGCUUGUGUGUGAACAACAUAAAAUGAGAAUGGUGCUUGGUGUCAUUGUUCCUGGUCGAGGAUGUGCCAUUGCCAAUCGUCCUGGCAUUUUUGUCCGAGUAGCCUAUUAUGCCAAAUGGAUACAUAAAGUUAUAUUAACAUAUAAGGUACCACCGUCAUAGCUAAUAUAACUGUGCCUGAAGUUUCCAUCAAUACAACUCCCCUUUACAUGAGGAUUCAGAGAACAUGGAAUUAAAAUGUCACUUAAAACAAUCCUAAGACACUUGAGUGUCAUGUUUGUUAGAUACUCAAUACUAUUUAUGAGUGUUUUCUGUUGUUUUGUUUGUGAGUGUUAUUUUGUAAAUGUUGAAGUGAACUAAGGUACAUGCAAGUGCAGUAACAUAUCUCCUGAAGAUACUUGAAUGGAUUAAAAAAAAUGCAAAGGUAUCAUUGCUGGAUGAUAAAAGACUUAACGGGAAAAUCAAUUAAUCUCUCUACACUGCUUUCCAAGGUUAGUUUCUUAAGAAUGAAUGCACCAUAAGUUAAAAUUAUUUUAACCUCACAAAAUAAUUUAUAUCUUGUUUUUUAAAAAUUGUAACUGAAUAUGUUAUAUUAUCUUUCAUAUGCCAUACAUUAUAUUUCAUUUGUUCCUCCUUACUGUGUAUCCUGUAAUACUAGUAAACAUACUUUUCAUAAGAACUUGUACUCAUAUAGACAACCCUGGGUGCACUAGAGUUUCAAAUUGUGGUGUUAUCUAGUGUAACCCUUUAAUAUUCUGAAAGAGUACUUAUAGUUUUUCCUUAAGAAAAACAAACAAACAAACAAACAAACAAACAUAAAGACCAGUAGAAAUAUUAAGAAAAAGUGCAAAAUAGAAAUGACAAGCUCAUCCUGAUAUGCAAUCUGCAGAUGACCUCGAGGGUUGGCAUUGCGGGUGUGUUCGUGAAUCACAAAGUUAAAUAACACCUAAUCUAGGUGGCUACAUAUAGUAAUCAUCCUCGUUAUUUUAUGUAGUUUCUAAUUCUUAAAGGGAAGAGAGUGAUAGGUGUAUUAGUGCCAUUCCUUUCUUCCAAAUUUGGGGCCACUUUUUUAUGUAAGAUAUUUUUAGAUUUAUUUUCCUAUAGUAUUUUUUAAAAUCUUAGAUGAAUAUGCAAUUGAAGUUUAAACGUAUUUUUAAACAUUAUUUCAGGGGAAAUUUUUCAUGUCUCCAAAGAUUUGCAAAUAACCCCUUUUCAAAUUAUUCAUUAAAGUAUAUAUUGAAGAAAAAAAUCGAAAUCCUUUUUUUUUCUACCUAGAAGUUUUUAGCCUAAUAAAACUUUACUCAAGUAAAGGAAGAAUGUAAAAUGAAAGGAAAAAAAUGACUUGUCCAAACUCUUUGUAUUCAAUUUUUUUAAAAAUUGAAUCUGCUAAAUGGGCUAUUUUAUCAAGAUAGCUUUAUUUGAUCUUAACUUCAUCUUACAUAGAUAUUUCCUAACACCAUGGGGAAUAGUCAUUCAAAUUUUAUAUUCUGUAUGAUAAUAACUGAAUUAUCAUAUUACUGUAUUUGUUGUGAUGAGCUGAAUAUCAUUUAUUGUCAAUAAAUAAGAAAAAGAGUAAUAGGAUAGGUUCUGAAUUUUCACAAAAUUUUUCCUUAUAGAAGAUCUUUAAAAAUAAUGAUUUGAAUGAUUCAAAUCCAGCGUCCACACUUCUCCAACAAGUUUCUCUUGAAUGAUGUUUAAUAAGGCCAAGGAUUUUAUUAAAGGGUAAAAACAGCACCACCAAUAAUCCAUCAGACAUGGGGCACAAAGAAAUUCUCCCCUUGGGAAGUUUUCUUUGUAAUAGAGGGAAAUGGGAGGAAUUGACAAUAAAAGCAAGAUGAACAAAAUCUGUGCUAUUUUAGGUGGUAGAACAGGGUAUAAUCAUAUAUAUUUUAUCUAGUGAAGGAAACUAUUACCUGGGCAUUCUUUUCUUAAUAAACUACAAACAUGAAAAAUCCAAUUUAUCCCAAAAUACAUUUCAUUGUGAGUCACGGACCAAACUAUCAAUAUCUUCCAAAUGAAAAGUUUUCAUUGCUAUUUUUGUUUUGGCUGUUUGAAUAAUGGUCAUAUAUUGUUAUAAUUAUGGACAUUUUCUGAUGUCUACCAGGAAUAGUAAUGUAAAAUUAAAAUGUGUGUCAUAAUGCCUCUGCUGUGCAGAAGGGAUGAUGAUCCUUUUGUAUGCUUCUUUAAUUUUAUUGUAAACUAUGUAAUGACUUUUACCUAUGUGCUGUGGGCAGGUCCUCAGUAAAAUGGUUUCUAUUGAAGCAAUCUCUAGUGUCAACAGGCUCUUGCUUGCUAUCUCAGUGUUUCAAACUGUGGGAAAUGUGAAACACUGGAAAGCAAGAAAAAUAACAAUAAUGGUGUGUGAUAGCAAAAUUGUAUUUCACUUAUUCCUGUGAAUAUUUCUUGUUGGUACCAAUGGUACUGAUUAUACAAAGUGGAUGUUAGAGCCACAACAUUCUCUUGAAGAAAA